CGCUUCUGCCUUUCCCCUGCGUUCUCCUCCCACCUUCCCCAGGAAAGGCAGGAGCGAGGCAUCCGGCCUGCCCACUGCCACCAUGGCCCACCUGCGGUCUUGCGAGGUCCGGCAGCUGCUGCACAACAAGUUCGUGGUCAUCAUGGGGGACUCCGUGCAGAGGGCCGUGUACAAGGACCUAGUGCUCCUGCUGCAGAAGGACUGCCUGCUCUCUUCCAGUCAGCUGAAGGCCAAGGGCGAGCUGAGCUUCGAACAGGAUGUGCUGCUGGAGGGUGGUAGGUGGGAACGUAUGCACAAUGGCACCCACUACCGUGAGGUGCGCCAGUUCCGCUCUGGCCACCACCUGGUGCGCUUCUACUUCCUCACGCGUGCGUACUCCCCGUAUGUGGAGGAAGUCCUGGAACACCUGCUGCGGGGCGAGCACGUCCCGGAUUUGGUGGUCAUGAACUCCUGCCUCUGGGACCUCUCCAGGUACGGCCAGAACUUCCCCAAGAGCUACCAGGAGGACUUGGAGAGCCUGUUCCGGCGCCUGAACCAGGUGCUGCCGGAGACCUGCCUUCUGGUGUGGAACACCGCCAUGCCAGUGGCUGAGGUCGUCUCGGGGGGCUUCCUCCCUCCUGAGAACCAGUCCGGAUGCGCGCGCCUGCGGGGAGACGUGAUGGAGGCAAACUUCUACAGCUCAGCUGAGGCUAGCAGGCACGGCUUCGAUGUGCUGGACCUUCAUUUUCACUUCCGGCACGCGGGGCAGCACCGGCAGCGAGACGGCGUGCACUGGGACGGGCGCGCGCACCGCCACCUCACCCAGCUGCUGCUGGCUCAUGUGGCUGACGCCUGGGGCGUGGACCUCCCCUGCCACUACCCAGUAGGCAGGUGGAUCAGGGAUGGCCCCACCAGGGGAUGUCCAGGUCACGUGGGCCAGAGGCGAUCUCAGAACAGCAGAGGUGACCCGGGGGAAGAGUCCAGGCACCCACCCACGCCCUCGUACCUCCGCGCUCGAUGGCAACCUUCUGUGACCUUUCCUCAGGUUCGACCUCCAUCCCAGCACUACCGCCAAGGCGCUUAUGUGCCCUCGCAUCCGUCUUCACACCGCAGGCAAGUCUCCAGUGAUUCUUCAGCGCGCCAGGUGGAAUAUACUGGUGAAGCAAACUUGAGUGACUGGGAGACACACCUGGGCCCCAUUCGCAGAACCUCUACCCAACAUCGGAGCAGAGUGUCUCCUCCCUACCCUCCCUGGCGCCCCAGCGGGCCACGCAGACGCCAGAGAAGACGCACAAACAGAGGGACCCGACCACACCCAGAAGCACAGCCUCAGUAG